AUGGGAGGGUCUUCGAAAACUUCGGCGCCAUCAUCGCAAUAUGUCGACUUAUCGCCGUGGAGCUAUGCGUGGUGGUGGUUCAUUCUGCUUGCUGUGCAUUUGGUUACUGGUGGUUACAAUGCUGCGUUUGCUCUCUUUUACUAUGAAUUGAAGGACACCUAUUUGUAUCGCACUCUCGAGUACUCCAGAAUCGGAAUGUUGGCAAAAGACCAUCCUACUAUCACAGUAGUGAACGCGUUAAUGGCUUCAAUGCACGGCGGAUGUGCGCUGUUGAUGGUUGGUGGUUCCCUCUGGCGCCGCGAGUUGGUAUUUUCCCUUGUGGCUCCUGAAAACGGCGAAAAUUCCUCUACAAGAACAAAAGUACAAGCGUUUGAUGACAGAGUUAGCUCUCGACUGGAGUCGAUGAAGCGUCAUACUUCACAAGUUUACUCAAGAGUCUGGGGUCGGAGAGGCUUUUUAGGCGUCAACGGACGCAGUUUCCACGCGAUACUUCUUGGUCGAGAGCUACUGGAAACGCUACUUCAGACAAUCCAAGCCUAUCGGAUGAGCUGGUAUUUACCGCGUAUGCUGCUUAACCGAUUCUACCUUUUCCUCCUGGUGCUAAAUUGCUGGUCAUCUGUCUUCAUCUAUUCACUACUCAAGCGGGAUGAGGCACGCAAGCGCUUCUAUUGCCUCGUGUCCGAUUGCAUUAUAGACCUGGUGUCUUCCAUCGGCAUCCCAUUGAUCGUCGUGAUCAGCUACAUUGGCGAUUACGAUUCUGAACUAAAGGGGUUCCAGUUAGAAUACUGGUACGAUGAUGUGUGGUCCGCUCGUGUUCUCAACGAGUUUCAAAUGGUUCUCGUUGUUUCUUGGUCAGACUUGAUAAGUCGAACGGUUUUUUCGAUUGGUCUGAUUGCAACCACAACAAAUCUUAAGGAACUUUUACGUAAAGUACCAGUCAAGGGCAGUAAACGACGCGUUUCAGCUGCCGAUAAUGCCAUGGCGUUUAAUAAAUCGAAAAAGAUGGAAGUUAUCCAUCAGAUACGCUCAACCGUACGGUUAACUCGCGAGCCUUCAAAGCUGGUAAAGGUUGGUAGUGGUAACUACACGGGCACGGGACUACGCACACGAAGAGAGCAAAAUCUGCUUUUCUUGGCGCACAUUGUGUUCGGGGCGUGGGGAGUAGUUGUGCUAGGACUACAUAUCCAAGCAUCCGUGCAGCCGGAAUUACCUCAAUGUGCUUUACAAGUUCGCCCAUGGGCGGUUACCGAGCCAGCUUGCUAUUUGGCCAUCUUGGACUGCUAUCACCUCGGUAUCUCAGGAAAGAAAGCAGAAGUUCAAGCUAAAUGGAGUGAAUUCGAUAGAUCCACCGUCGUCACACUAGCGAUCCGUCACUGCACAGCGCUAGAAGUUCCCGACUCGAUCGCUGACUUCCAUCUCACUACAGGUAUUAAAUUGUACAAUUCUACCAUCUACGAGUGGGGAGCGUCUGCAGCUGUCACAAACACAAACCACCCUGCCCUCAUUUGGCUCUAUUUCGUGCGAGUUCACCUGCCUGAUGGUCGACUUCCGGAGGGUAUCAUGUCUACAGAUUUCCCUACCAAUCUGUAUGACCUUGAAUUUACCUACACGAAUGUCCGCGAGGUACCCGAUGAUCUGGAUACGAAGUGGCUAAUUGGAACGACAGUUUACUUCGAGUACAGUGAGCUUACGAGCAUUCCAUCCGUGAUUUUGAGACUAGAUCCGUAUAGUAUCUCAUUUACUGGAAGUCCGAUCACUGAGUUAUCUCCUGAGGUUUUCGAGGUCCCAGACUUGGUUUACAUGUAUUUGGGAAGCAUACCGAUUCAAGAUCUACCCCCCGAUGUUACGAACCUCUCGCCAGCACUGGGAUAUCUUUAUCUGACAGACACGAAUGUUUCGUUUUUCUGGUCGUGGAUCGAUCCAUUAGUGGAAAAAACACUAGGAUGGCCUCGUGCACCACUACUAAUGGGUGGGUCUAAAUACUGUGCUGAGCUGGAGAAGAUUACAAGAGGAGAAUCCACCACCUUCAGCGUGCCGCCAUCGCCAGGCUAUUCAAUACUGAUGGACGCUUCGGAGGAAAACCGAGAUACCGUUUUACAUACUGCCAAUUGUGACAUGGAGAAUGCCGUGCCAGUGUACCCGAUCGAUCUUGAGGAUAGAGUGAGCGCACUUCAAUGA